UUCUUCUCACUCUGGCUAUUCAAUAUGGGGACUACGUUGCUCCCCUCAUCCGAGAGUACCUUGAAGAAAAUCUAAACAAAAUUCCUUUCGAUGAGUGGAUUGCCACCAGACUUUCCGUAGAAGUAAUGAACCCAAAUCCCGUCUAUCGCAUAAUCAAGAGGAGGAUCGCCUGGUUAUUUGGUAAAUGGCUCACAGAGAGUAGCGUUAUCACCUCCAAGGCCAAGAUAUAUGAACUCCUGGUGUAUCUCACUUUCCCUCAGAGUGAAGGGUCUGAUCCUGUAGUGAGAUUAACUGCGGCCACAGCACUCAAGGAUUGCAUAGAGGCUAUCAGUUUUGAUCGUGAUCUCUUCCUCCCAAAUCUUCCGAAUGCACUCAAAGCACUUCUCCAGCUGGUCGAUGACACUGAGUCUCAGGAUGCCAAAAAGCGGGUACUUCGAUCGGUAUCCGUUGUGGUAGAUGCCGUUAGAGAACAG